AUGAAUUUACCAGGUGUUGUAAGGUAUGGAGGUGCUGAUAAUUCCCUUUUGCCUCUUUGUAACCAUGAAGAUAGUCCAGGGGACAAAAGGCUUAGUGGGCAGUUUGUGUACUUUUCCCUGAGGCAGUUAGUAAGAAAAGAUCAAGGGUUUGAUGACCUACAUGCUUGUGCUGAUCCUGGAGCUCCUGAACAUGGAUACAAGACACCCAGUGGAGGUGUCUUCUUUGAAAGUGUGGUAGUCCGGUUUCAUUGCCAAGAAGGAUACAGGCUUAAUGGUACUUCAAAAAAACUUUGUGUGAGACACUUUAAUGGCUCACUGAGCUGGAAACCAAGUGAUAAACCUGUGUGCCUACAAGAAGAUUGCCUUGUUCCACAUGUUGAAGAUGCAGAGAUUCAUAACAAGACUUACAGGACUGGAGAUAAGUUAAUAAUCAGCUGUCAUGAAGGAUUCCAGAUCCGUUACCCUGACUUAGACAACAUGGUUUCAAUUUGUCAAGAUGAUGGAACUUGGGAUAAUCUGCCCAUUUGCCAAGGUUGCCUGAGGCCAUUGGUUCUUCCUCAUAGUUACAUUAACAUAUCUGAGUUCGAGUCCUCCUUCCCAGUAGGAGCAGUGGUGUAUUAUCAAUGCUUUCCUGGAUAUAAACUAGAAGGGGCAGAGUUCCUUGAGUGCAUGUAUAAUCUUAUCUGGUCAGAUAGCCCACCUAGGUGCCUUGAUGUGGAAGUUUGUCCACUACCUCCAAUGGUGAGCCAUGGAGACUACAUCUGCCACCCGCGGCCUUGCGAGCGCUACAACCAUGGGACAGUGGUGGAGUUUUACUGUGAUCCUGGUUACACCCUCACCAAUGACUACAAAUACAUCACCUGCCAGUAUGGGGAGUGGUUCCCCUCCUACCAAGUCUACUGUGUCAAAACAGAACAAACUUGGCCAAAUACACAGGAGACCCUCCUGACUACAUGGAAAAUAGUGGCAUUUACUGCUACCAGUGUUUUAUUAGUACUUCUACUGGUCAUUUUAGCCAGGAUGUUCCAGACCAAAUUUAAGACACAUUUCCUUCCAAGAGGCAACCAGGAGGGCUCCAUGGGUGACCCUGACUUUGUGGUGGUGGAUGGCGUUCCUGUCAUGCUGCCUUCCUAUGAUGAAGCUGUAAGCAGCAGCUUGAAUGCUCUAGCACCUGGAUACUCAGCUACAACAGACCAGGGGCAUAUUUUGCAGACAGAAGAUCAGAGUCCUCCUGCUUAUCCUGGCCCCAGGAUUACAGACACGCUGCCUAGUGAAUUUGAGACCUGUGAUAGUCAGUCAGGCUCCUCUGAACUGCUCCAAAGUUUGUACUCAUCCUCGGUGUGCCAAGCAGCAGCGUUUUCUGGGUCAGAUCGAACUGAUGCAUCCUGUAGCACUGCUGGAGAGGCUGUGUCCACGAGUCUGCAGAUUGAUAUUACAGAUGAGAUUCCGUUGAUGGAAGAAGACCCUUAGCCUGCAUGGAGAUGUGUCAUCAUUGCGUUACACUGUUUGGUAACAUGAAUACAGAACACUUAGAAAAGACUAUCUGUGGAUUUGGAGAGGGUAUUUUCGUACUUACCAACCCUCCACACGAUGAUGUCACCAGAUUGUGUGUACAUCUUAAUCCACAGUGGGGAUAACAGCAAAAACAUUUGGAAAAGCAGUUUUAUGAAUGAAUCCUGGGGAUUUGAUGAGAGCAGAUGUAGAAAAAGAACUGUGGCUUUUUAGAAAUGAAAUGUAUAUCUGCAUCGCAGAAAGUCAUAUGGUUCUGUAGAAGUACUAUUGGAUUUUGAUACUAACUGCCUCACAAAAGCAUGUCGAAGUAUGUAAAUUUGCUUAUAAAGACUGCUUUAAAUGAUCUAUGGGCCUCUAGUUUAUGAAGAAAGCUUUCAAGUUUAAAAGAAAUACUAUUACUGAAACACACA